AAGGUUUCAAAAAUUUGGGAAAAAGAGACCCCCAACAGUUUAGAAAUUACUGCCGCGAAACCUUUAAUGUCUACCGUCUGGUCUUCUGGGUACAUCCCCGCCGCCUUCAGCUGAUCACCCAGAUUCACUCUGCUGAAGAGGGUGAGUCCCAGCUUGAAAUAUACCGGCGGCAAAAGCCCUGACACCUUCCUCUGUUUCCUCUACUCCCAGUCCCAAAAGUCAUAAUUUUUCUUAAGAGGGUUAAUAGCUUGCCCAGUCAUUCUUCAUCUUCUCCACUGUGUCGGCCGGAAAAGUAUCCCAGCCAACAGUAUCGGAUCCGGAAGAGGCAGUGUGAAGGGCCCAGGGGCCAUGGUUGGUGAAUGAGUGUUGUGCCUGCACUUGGCUCGGCAGUUGCAUUCUGAGGAAUUGAUGUACUUUAUGAUUGAACACCAUGCGAACUCAAGCUCAAACGGGUCCAAACAAUCCUCAUAUUGCAACACCAUUCAAUAACUCCAACACCCAUUUCAUCCCUGGAAAUCCUCCCGGUGCUGUGCCCAAUAUCCAGCCUCCGAUAGCACGACCAUGUUAUAUGAAUGUCCCUUCCCAUGUUCUUCAGCAGCAAAAUAAUUAUUCAACGAUGCCCCUCUUGGGUUCGGUUGGUUCUACAAUUCACACGGUUCAGUGCCAUGGAGGAUUUGGUCCACAGAACUCUGCUCCAAUUUUGAAUCCUGUAGGAACAUUCCCAAUGCAGCAGCCAUUCAGUAAUUUUGUCCCGAAUUUGAAUCAAAUCAACCAAUCUCAAACACCUGGUCAGUUAUUUGUGUAUAAUUCGAUGAACCUGGCUCAGAAUUUCAACCCUAGCUUGCCAAAUGGGCAAUUCUGUUUGCAGAAUCCAAUGCAAAAUAUGAACCAGCUGCUUCCAAUGCAAGUACCAAGUCAUGGUCAAGUCGUUCCUUAUAAUGCUCCUCCAGGUCCCAACCAUAUGUUAGGGCAGCCAAAUCAAGUUGCUCACUCCAUGUGUCCGCAAAAUCCUGGAAUUGUUGCAAACCCUCCUUUUGUUGUGGUGCAUUCUAAUGAAGUUCAGCAACACACGUACCAAAAUCAGCAGAUGUCGACUGCAAUGCACACGAAUGUGAAUGCAUUGAACCCAUCCCCAAUUUUUGCUCCAAACUUACAAGGGAAUAUGCCCCCAGCGACAGUUCAAUCGCAACAAACUCAGAACUUUCAGCCUUUGGACUGCACAAAAUCACAGGGAAAUUCUGUCAAAGAUAGUGGAACUAAGGUUUCAGGUUCCCACUGGAAGAACUUUCCAAGAAAGAACUUCACAAGAAAUCGAAGAGAGGCGCCACAAUGGGGCAAGCAGAAGUCCCACAUUCAUCAUAAACAAAACUCAAAGGGAAGGUUUGGGACCUUUGGCUUCUCUAAUAAAAAUGGGGGAAAAGGGCUUAAGAAUGACAGGUCAGGUGAAGCUGGCCUUGCUAAAACUGCCAACCAAGCUAGGACAGAACAGAAAAGAUCUCUUUUUUUAAACUACACAAAGCAAGAAAUCCAACAGUGGCGAGAAGAGCGCAAGAAGAACUACCCAUCAAAAGCCAAUAUAGAGCAGAAGUUGUCGGACAAGCUAGCAGACUCCGAGGUCGUUGACAAAGAGGCUAAAUUGCGACGUCAGCAGCAACUCAAAGAAAUUUUGGCAAAGCAAGCUGAGCUAGGGUUUGAAGUUCCUGAAAUACCAGAGAACUAUUUGUCAGAUGCAGAGAAACAAGGACAUGGAAUACAGGAUGACAAAGAAGUGCCAACUAAGAAGGGGAAAUUCCUAAACAAGCAUAAUAAAAGAGGAAGGCGUAACAAAAAUGGCAGGUUUGCAAAGAAGCGAAUGAUGGACAAGGAUUCACUUAACACGAAGAAUUCACAUAACCCACCUUCUCUGAACCCGCAGAAGCCAACCCUUCUGCAGAAGCUUUUAAGCGCAGAUAUAAGAAGGGAUAAAAGCCGCCUGUUGCAAGUUUUCAGGUUCAUGGUUGUGAAUUCUUUCUUCAAAGAUUGGCCUGAGAAGCCUUUGAAUUUUCCAACAGUUAUUGUAAGAGAAACUGGACAUGAUGGUGAGAUGGCUGAAGAUAAAUCUUUGCUUACCGUGAAGGGUGUUGCUGAACUCAGCAAUGGUGCCCAGAUUGAAAAAUUCAAGGAUUGUGAUGCUGAUGACAACAAUGAUGGGGAGAGUGCAAAAAAUGAAGAAUGCUAUGUUGGGGAGAUGGGUCCAAAUGGAGAAGAGCUCGAGAGCUCUGAGGAAGAGGGAGAAAUUGUUGACUAGUAUAGCUCCCUCCUUCCCUCUCCUCUCUCUCUCUGUGCUCGAUUGCAUGGGGAUUGUUUUUGAAUUUCUUAUGUAGCAUGGAAUUUUGAAGAAAAAAACAAAGUGGAACUUAGUUUGGUUUAAAUUUACCGCAAAAUCCCAGACAGGAAUGUAAUUUUUAUUGAGUUGCAGUUCACAAGACUAAAAUGGACGCUUGCAAUAUCAUAUCUAGCAUCUUUGAAAA